GCAGCUUCAUUUGCCUUGGCCAGCUAGAGCCUUAUUUAUUUCAUCAUAAAGGCUUGCCUCCUGGACUUCUAACCAUGUUUGACACCUCGCAAUAUCCUUAUAACUGUUUUAACUAUGAUGGCGAUGGAUACCCCUCAUGUGGCUCAGAUGAAGAGAAGAAAGUGUGCCGACCGGCUUACAGUUACAUUGCACUAAUAGCAAUGGCUAUACAACAGAGUCCAGAGAACAAAGUUACCCUAUCAGGAAUCUACGAGUUCAUCAUGAAGAGAUUUCCUUAUUACAGAUCCAACCAGAGGGCUUGGCAAAACUCAAUUCGCCAUAACCUCUCUCUAAACAGCUGUUUCAUAAAGGUGCCCCGCACAGAAGGUAACGAGAAAGGAAAAGGUAAUUACUGGACAUUUGCCACAGGCUGCGAGUCCAUGCUGGACCUCUUUGAAAAUGGCAACUUUCGCCGUCGCCGCCGCAGACGUAACUCGAAAAUGGGCCUCAAGGAGCCAGUCGAACCCUUUGUUGCCAUGGACACUCAUCAGGGUGCUGCAGUAAGAUCCAUGAAUUCAGAUUCUUUCUGCUCCAUGAACACUAGUCACAGACCAGCCCAAAUCAACCCACCCCUCAGCAAACCUGAGCCCGAGAUCAAAUUCAGCAUCGACUACAUACUCUCCACACCGGACCCUCUACCUGGGUUCAGAGCCGCUAAUGGUGUAGCUAGAGCUGUGAUCCAUCACCUGGAGCCCCAAAAUCUCAAUCUGCACUUCUGGACCAUGUAACCAUGACUAUUCAACCUGAGAGAACCUAUUGGAUGCAAAUCAGUAAAUAUCCAGAUGUUGAAACAGUUUCAAAAAAGAGAGAAAUUGUAAUAAUUCACCCAAAAACCCAAGCGAAUUAUUUCUUCUGUGGGACACUAAAGGUGAAUUUUUGGAAGAAUAUCCUGGUCACUCUUAUCAAUGUGGAAAAGAGAAUGAAGACUGGGGCCUUUAAGCUACAAAAUGAAAAAAUAAAUAAAAAAAAGGAUCAUAAAGUUUCAUAAAAGUGGUCAAUUAUUCAAAGCCCUCUGGAGCCAUGGUAGCGAUUAAAUGGUCAGGGUAUUCUUCAAAAAAUCACCUUUGAUAUAUUCUACAGAAGUCAGUCAACUGGGUUUGGAACGACAAGAGGGUGAGUUACAAACUACAACAUUUUCAUUUGUGGGUGAACUAUUACUUUAAAGCUUCAGUAGUGUGCAUAGUCUUGUAAGUUUUCCUAUAUUGCAAAUUGGCUUGUAAUUAUGCACAUGCAGUGUGUUGUGUGCUAGUGCUCUUGUCGGCAGCUCUGCUCAAUUAAUGAUUCAUGUCAGCAAAAUUGCUAAAUAAGAAUACAAGCAUAGAUAAAACUGUAAGUUAUGAGUAUAUAAUUAUUCAGUGAUUACUAAAAGGAGUUUAAGGUAUAUUUUAGAUGUAAAUUAUUAUACACCAUCUCAUCAAAAGAUUUUAAAACAGUCAAUCCUCACUUGGAAAGGGUCGCUUUGUAUAUUGCAUGAAUUUUAGUCACUUUACAAUAUUUGGUAGUGAGCUGAGGAAAGCAUAUAGAUAAAGGAGCUAAACAGGGUGCACUAGUUUAUUUUGAUUAAAUUAUUCGUUCAGACUUUCAAUGGACCCUUUUCACAAACAGUGGUGACGCAUUUUUGUCCUAAUAAAACAGCACAUGA